AUGCCCAAACUUACCAUUUGGUGGUUGAAGACGUAUUUGCUGUUAUUCGGAAGAGAUGGGUUUUGCACGAAAAAUUUAAAUUUCCAAGUCUUGAGUAUGUGGAGCGAAGUGGUAGACGAGGAAGGCCGUGUUUACUACUACAACUCAGAGACUGAGCAGACGCAAUGGGAGAGGCCGGAGGACUUGAAGGAGAGCAGGGUGGACGCCGCAUUAGAGAAGACGAAAUGGCAGCGAUACCUUACUGACGAGGGAGAGGUCUACUACUACAACGAGGAAACAGAGGAGAGUGUUUGGACACUUCCGGACGAGGUGCGCAAACUUAUAAGCCCGGUAGCUGUUGAGGAACCCGAAUCGGCACAGGAAAAUGGAGACAAGGCAUUUGACUCUACGAAAAUCGUGGAUCUGAGCAGUUUCUUUACCGACGAGGAGCUCAGAUGGGAGAAGAAUACAGAUGGAAAAACAGAUCAGUUUGUGCAAAUGUUGGAAGACUACUCUGUGGGAACAGACUGGACGUUUCAGCAGGUGAUGGAACGUUGCAUUGUGGAUAAGCGAUACUGGACAUUACCGGACUCUAUUUCGAGGAAGGAAUGUUUUGAGGUUUACUUGCUUCGAAAAGCCGAUGAGGAGUUUCGAGAGAAGGAGAAUUCGCGCGAGAGUUACAGGAACGCAUUUUUCCAGGUUCUGGACAAUUACGAUAUAAAGUACUACACCAGGUGGAACACAUGUGCAAAACUUAUCAUGGACGAGCCUAUCUAUUCACUUAUACCACCCAAGAUGAAACGGGAAUUCUUUGAAGAGUACGUUGGUAAGCUGAAGCGCGCAAGCGAGGCAGAGAUAAAGGAAGCCAGGCGUAAAGAGCUCGAGGAAGUGGAGGUCAUUUUGCGGUCGGAGCUCACGCUGAAGUCGCAGGUGGACGAUGCUUUCAAAACAGUGGAUAUGGAACGGCUGCCCUAUCUGAACAAACUUGAUAUCCUCACGAUUUACGAAAAUAUCAUGAACGAAUUGGAGAGAUCCUUUCAGGCUACGGUCUCUGAGCACGAUAAAAAGAACUACAGAGCAGAUAGGAAGGCCAGAGACGGGUUCAAACAGCUUCUGGAGGAGGUAAGCAAGAAAAUCGAAUUCACCGCGAAAUUAAGAUGGCAUGAGCUACUCCGGUACAUAAAAGACGAUCCGCGAUUCAUCAAUCUUUGUGGCAGGAAAGGCUCGCUCCCGAUCGAUUUUUAUUGGGAUAUCCUUGACAAGGAGAACCAAAGUUUGAAAGCCAAACGAGAUCUGGUGAAACACAUAAUUCCCACUGCCGAUAACAUGUCUCUCGAAGAGUUCACCCGAGUUGUUACGCAGAAAGUCGACAAUGUCUCGGAAAGCGACUGUCGACUCAUAAGAGAGAUGCUCCUGGAAGAAGGAAAACAGAAGGGCGAAGGAGACCGCAGAAAACGACUAAUGACGCUGGGUUACGGAGUGGCAAGAAGUUAG